AGAAAUUGACUGCAUCCUCUCUUGUUAGAGACCCAUGAAAACUCCCAGAAGGUGUACAGAGAGCCUCGGGGUGAUGCCCACCUUCUACUCUGCUGUCCUCUAUAUUCUGCUGGCCACAGGAUGCUGGAGAGAUGAAGGUGCAGCUUUGGGCUGCCACCUGCACUCUUUCAAUGUGACCAUCAAGAGCGACAACCGAGGGAGCUGCCAUGCCAGUCACGUGGUCCAGGCCUGCGUGGGCUACUGUGAAUCGAGUGCCUUCCCCUCCAAAUACUCUGUACUCCUGGCCAGCAACUUCAAGCACAACAUUACUUCAGUGUCCCAGUGCUGUACCAUCACCAAGAUGCAAAAGAUCAAGGUACGACUGCAUUGUGGAGCCAGCAGGCGUAAGAAUAUUGAACUCUUCACGGCUAAGACCUGUCAGUGUGACAUGUGUCGUCUCUCCAGAUACUAGACGGAAGGGAAAGACAGACGUAAACUGCUUUCUUUUUCCCUACUAGCAACCUUUUCUACUGCCCCCAGGGGCAGCUGUAAGGUCUUUUUUUCCCCAGACACACCCCAACAAGGCUUGAGAUAGCUGCUGAAUUGAAGUCCCUUAGGAAAGACCCAAUGACUUUUAAAGUUAUUUUGAUUAGUCCCCUCUCCCAAACUGUUUCAUUUUCUCACUCAUGCUGGGAAAGAUACCACCAGACGACCAUGCCCUGUACAUCAGAUGUCUCAUUUCAAAUUGGGAGGAGGGGGAAAUCAGCACCAUUCAUUACGAUAAUGGGGAAAACCGUUCAAAAACUGAUUUGAGACUAGGCUGAAAUAAGUAUUUUAAACUGGCCAAGAAGUCAGCCCAGGUACCUUCAGAGCCCAAAACAUUUUUCAGAGGAGCUAGAUUCUGAGGUAGUUCAUUCUUGGACUCAUAGUAGCUUCAGAAGCUGCUAAAAAUUAUCCCCUAUACAAGUACAAAGCAGCCCAGGCUUUCAAGAACUGAGGCUUUGAAGAGCUAUGACCCAUUUUACUCGCGUGUGUACACAGCAUGAUGGAACAGGCUACAGAAACUGACUGCAAUUAGCUCAGGAAAACACUAUAAGCCCAGAAAGUACCUCUCUGUUUAGAACACAGUUUGCUUUUCCACAGAUGUAAUUUCUAAAACUGUUUCCAUAAAAGAUUUUUUUCCUUCUAAUUUAAUAAUGCUCCUUUCCAGUGACAACUCUGAGAAGCAGCUGCCUCAAGAAGUGGGGGCAACAAGUAGGACCCUAGGACAUGAAGUUAGGAAAUCAGAUCAAUGCAAGUAAUUAAUGGCGAAGAACAACUCAUCCUACAAAAAGACUUUCUAGUAACCCCAAAAGUGUUUUCUGAAUACAUAAUGAAUGCAGGG